UCUACAGCUGGCAGUGGGGUGAGCAACAUACUGUAUACUGAACCUACUGAGUCUACUCUUAUGAGUUACUAAAUAUGAGUUGGCAGGUUUAGUUGAAGACUUUGAACGACUCUUGCGCUUGAAGUGUUCAACCCACUGCCUGGCUGUGAUUGAGUCUCAGCGCUUCCCACUUACAGCUGCUCCAUGGAGGAUGGAGAAAUUGACACCGACUCCUCGGAAGUUAAAUGUAACUCCACACAGAGAAGGAGUAGGAGAGCGCCGGAGUUCCGAGUGUACGGGAGGAGAUGGUUCAUACUGCUGGUGCUCUGCGUGCUCAACUGCUCUAACUCAGUGCUGUGGCUAACAUUCGCCCCAGUAGCGGAUCAGACAGCACAGCAUCUGCAUGUGACUCUGGACCAGGUCAACUGGCUCUCUGUGGUCUACAUGGUGGUGGCCAUCCCUCUGAGCUUCAUCACCACAUGGAUGCUGGAUACACUGGGACUACGGCCCACCCUGAUUUUGGGCUCGUGGCUCAACAUGGCCGGCGGUGUUGUCAGGGUUGUGGGAGUGCUCAGCUCUCUGCCGGAGAAUACCAUGUUUCCCGUGGUGAUGGCAGGGCAGACUCUGUGCUCUCUGGCCCAGCCUCUGGUAAUCUUCUCCCCUACCAAACUGUCAGCACUGUGGUUCCCUGAGCACCAACGCGCUACAGCUAACAUGAUCGCUUCAAUGUCAAAUCCCCUUGGACUGCUUUUCGUUAAUAUCUUCUCCCCAAUCAUCAUUAGUAGGAGCAACAGCUUUUUCAUGCUGCUCCUUAUAUAUGCUAUACCUGCCAUCGUCGUCUGUUUCCUAGCAACAGUGGGCAUCCGGGAGAGCGUUCCCCCAACGCCACCUUCUGCCAGUGCAGACACCUCUAGCUCCGAGCCUUUCUUUCAAGGGAUUAAACUGCUGUUGAAAAAUAAAGCCUAUAUGAUCCUGCUGGUGUGUUUUGGCUCAGGUGUCGGCAUCUUCACCUGUUUCGCCACACUUCUCGAGCAGAUUCUCUGUGUCAAAGGUUACCCAAAUGACUUUGCAGGGUUGUGUGCCGUUCUCUUUAUCAUCUUCGGGGUGCUUGGAGCUGCUUUCCUUGGCAUUUUUGUGGACAAAACAAAGAUGUUCACAGAAUCCAUAAAAAUCAGCAUGUGCCUUACGUCUCUGUUGUGCACCGCAUUUGCAGUGGUUUCUCAGUUGGGGGAGCAGAAAGUCAUAAUUGGAGCAGUUUGUGCUCUCUUCGGCUUAUUCGGAUUCGCCACCUAUCCAGUUGCCAUGGAGCUGUCAGUCGAGUGCUCUUACCCAGUUGGUGAGGCGACAUCAGCAGGGCUUGUGUUUAUUUCAGGGCAGGUCCAGUCCAUUGUGUACACCAUACUCUUACAAGCCCUGACGACGAAACUGAUAGACUCACCUUUGUCUGUGUGCGCUGCAGGCGAUGAUGCCAGCCUCAGCUGGAUGGUGCCUGUGCUGGUGAUGGCUGGAUUGUGCUGCUUAGCUUCAUGCUCCUUCGUCAUCUUCUUCCACACGCAGUACCGGAGAAUCAACACAGAGGCAGCCGAAAACCAAGUGAUUAACAACAGCACAGAUGCAUGAUGGGAUACAGCCUCUACGGAAAGCAUCCAGCAGCCUAUACAUUUCCUGGCCAAAAAAAAAAAAAAACAUUGCACACUCUAAGAUUUCGUUCAACCGUUUUUAGCUUUGAUUAAGGGCAUGCAAUGUGGUGGCCACUUCAUGUGUAAAAAUGAUUCCUCAUGUUCCCAGAACCACUCUUUCACAAUUUGAGUCGUGAAAUUUAUUUGCGCGAUCAGGAAAAUAAAAUGCACUAAUCUGAUACCUUGGUCACUCAGUACAUUGAUAUCAUGCUGACUGAAUUUUUUAUGCCACAAUAACUGAUCUGAAUCACCCCAGAUUAUAACACUACCUCCAAAGGCUUGUACAGUGGCCACUAUGCAUCAAGGGUGCUUCACUUCAUGCACUUCCCUUCUUACACUGAUCAUCACUCUGGAAUAGGGUCAACCUGCACUCAUCAAACCAUGUCGUGACCUUUUUCCAAUUGUCCCAAAGUCCAAUCUUUAUGCUCCAUAACAAACUGAAGCCUUCUUUUCUGACUAGUUCCACUGAAAAGUUUCUGUGUACUCUAUUAUCUCAACAUGUCAUUUAAAAAUGCAAAUGAGGAUAUGCACUGUAGAAGUGUGUGUGUGUGUGUGUGUGUGUGUGUGUGUGUGUGUGUGUGUGUGUAUGUGUAUAUGCACUGUGUUACUUUCUAACUUGUCUGAAACAUGAUGACAUUUUUAAAAUGUAGUCAUUCAGUUAUGAUUGCUCAUUUUACAUACUCAGGUACAAACUAAAGCCCUAACAAAAGGUACGUUUUCUUUUCAAUAAUGCAUAUUUUAUAAAGUAUUUUAUAUAAUAUGAAUGAAAUUUGGCAGUGUAUACACAUGUAUGAGAGCAGGGUUCUUUAAUGAAUGUGUAUGUAUAUAGUACACAAACAAAUAUACAUAUAUACAUACAUAUUUACAUACAGUACAUAUUAUAUUAACAGUACAUAUUUUCUUUUUAAAUAUGGUACUUUAAUAAAUACAUAUUUUAAGUAUGUGUAUAUAAAUGCAUACGCACUGUAGAAGUGUGUUACUUUGUAACUUUUUAACUUGUCUAAAGAUUCAAGAGCUCAAGGUUUUUAUUUCAGUGCCACCAUAUGUGCAGACAUACAGUGGAAUCGAAAUACUGUUUCUCUUCCCUCUCAUUAAGUGUUUACAUUGUCAAUGCAAUAUAGAAAGUUUGUAUAAAAAUAUCAGCCGAUUUUUGUAUGAUGACUGAUUUUUGUAUGAAGGUACCUGCAGUGUACUUGUAAUAAAUAGACAGAAAUAAACCAAGUGAACAUAUCUUGUAACCAUCUAAAUUUAUAUACAUCUGAGUAAAUGUAAACAGUGAGUUUUAUUAAUAUGCAAAUAUAU